AUCUUGCAUGAUGACAACACUGUCUAUACUCAUCUUCAUAAGUUUUAUAACAUGCUUCGACGCUGAAAAACACUUCGAAAAUGAAAGGCUAAACUACAGAAAAAAUGUGAUCGAUUUCAAGUUUGCCUGGUGCCAAAUGCGCAUGCACAGGUACGAAUGGAAAAAUUUGAUUGGUCAUUGCUUAACACGGGUGUCUUGGGAUGCAAAACCGCUGGACAAAAAGCUUCAAACAAGAGCUAGCAAAAGUUAUGUCAAAAAAUUGGAUAUUAAACCUGUAGGAUUCUUCAGCAAGAUUUACAUUCAGUCAGUUUCAGUGAAAAACGAAAAUAAAACAAUCGGUGGGGAUUCUUGGCGCGUUGACAUUCGGGGACCUUCCAACAUGGCAGCUACGGUGUACGACAAAAAAAACGGGGUAUACGAAGCUGUGUUUUUGCCAGAGGAGCCUGGGCUGUACAGGGCGGAGAUAACAUUGGAUUAUUCGCUAUGCAAGGGAUUCAAAGAUCCACCAGUGGAUUGGUUUAUGAGAGGCUGUCGACACGGUUCAUUCCAGCCACAUGGGAGCCUGGGUAACAGAACGCAUGAUUUCUUGCAGGGGCGACUAGGAGGCGAACAAAUUACUUUCAGUGUUCCCUCAUCUUCAACGAUCAUAGCCAAGGAGAUCAAUGCAUUUAAAAAAGUAAGCCAAACAGCCUGCAAAGAGAAAUGUAAUCUUUUAGUUGACGGAUAUGGGUCAUGGAUCGGUGAACAGUGGAGGCCAUAUCAAACAGGCUUCACUGCAAGCCUCGGGAGAUCUGGACACCAACAAGGCCGAGGAAUAUUGUGGGUCUAUGGCGAUUCUCUCAAUCGCUACUUUUACGAGUCUCUUCUAAAACGACCGCUUUGCUGGCAAGUCUUCCGAGCCUGCUAUCAUACGAUGUUAUGGGUGUAUGUAUUAACACAGAGCGCUAAAGAAGAAAUGAACUUGAUGUUUGGCAGGAAGCCUAUCAACAUUCCCAGGAUCCUUUACGAGCUACAAAACGUAGUCACGCGCUCUGACAUGGACCAAGACAGUGCCCUUAUUCUGAAUGCGGGUGUGCACCUACUGAAGAGCGCGAGUUUUUACAAUUAUCAAAAAGUAAUUAAUGGAUUUAUUAGCGUGUUAAAACGUUAUUACAGAGGAACUGUUAUAUGGAAGAGCACUACUGCCAUUCAUGACCAACGAGAGCUGUACAGUGGCUGUUUUCGACGUUUUCACUCCGAUCAGAGAAUACAACUAUUCAAUGCUUACGCGAAUUGGGCGAUGUGCAAGGCUGGUUUCUUAGUCCUCGAUGUUUACCCCGUUUCAAGCUCCUACCCGAAAGGGACUCUGGAUGGUGUGCAUUUCAAUGAACUAGUGUUUUAUCCCGCAGCUGAAGCAGUGGAGAGAUUUUUCCAGACGUAGCGCUCUGCUACAGUGGAAACGUCACACAAUCCAGACACCGUAACAUGGCAGGAAAUUUAGUCACAUAAACAAGGUCCGAUUAGUCGACACAAGACACUUCAAAAGGAAAAAGAACAAGAACAAGAUGGAUUACAAAAAGGGAGAAGCCUACUGUGAAUAAAACAAACAAAUAAACAGACAAAAAAAACAGAGAUGACGAUUAAAUCUUGACUUUUUACUUAAUCCGAUUCGAAGGUCAAAGUUAAAGAGUAAAGUGUCAAGCAGUUCCAUAUGCUGUACAUUCAUAAAAUGUUUUUAGCCCUAAAUUUUUCCUAGUGAUUAAUUUCUAGAAAUCAUGGUCAGUUUACUCUGUAACAUGAAUGUUUACGCAUGUAAAUGAAGAGCAAACUUCUCAUUUGAAUUAUUUUUCUGGAAUUUCUCGCACCCUCUACAUAAUCCAGGGUACUUUCGUCAACCCGAAGUUAAAAGAGAAAGAUAGAUAGAGCUUUUUUCAACUGUAUCGAAAGAAAUCCGAUAGCUUUUAGUAUUGCUCUACAUCAUAAUUUGAUUGGUCCAUAAAACAGGCACAGAAGUUCUCAAUCUAUCAAAUUUAGAAAUAAACCAAUUCCGACUCGGUCACUCGAGGGUUUCCUCCAUCCCAGCGACUAUCCCCUACCCUACCCUCCCCUUUAUUAUUGAAACCUGACCCUAAUAAGUUUACACUUCUAAACCACAAUGUAACAAAAAUGCUAAAUACCGUUGUAAUUGACAUAAUCGUUUGAUAUGGAACGAGUAUGUUAAAUGAGGUUUGAAAGUCUAUCUAAUUGUCUACGAAGCCUAUAUUAUGACUCUUGCGUGACAUCUGUCACGUCAGGAAAAAUUGAGGUGUGACAGAGGUACCUUAGUUUCUAAAUAAUCUCGUAUCAUACC